AUUACGAGCCUGGCUAGACGAACAUAACCUCAAAACGUCAAAACAACACGAGACUAGUGAAAAUAUUCUCUUUUUUUAUUAACUAUUAUAGUUAAUUAUUUAUUUAAAGUGAUUGAAUAAUAUGUGCAGUGUAAAUGACGACGAUUGUGGAAUUGAGGAAAGAAAUCCCAUAAUAUCGAAAACAAAUUUGGACGUUUCAAAAUGUAAAAAAUGCGAGGAAAAUGAGACAGUGAUUGUUUUACGGGGCAAAGAUGCAUAUUGUAAAAAUUGUUUCCUCGCCUCAUCGACACACAAGUUUCGUGCAACACUUGGAAAAUCGAAAAUUAUCCGUCCCAAUGAUAAUAUUCUCGUUGCACAUUCUGGAAGUGCAGCAUCGUCAGUUCUUUUACAUUUAAUUCACGCUGGAAUGCAUGAAUCUGCCCACAAACGACUUAUUUUCAAAUCGAAAGUUCUUUACAUUGACGAGGGAAUUUUAGAAGAGAAAACUCACGAUGAACAAAGAACGACAGUGGAAAAAAUUGCAAAUCAGUUAAAAACUUUCGAUUUUUCUGGAUUUACGACAAAAAUAAAUGAAUCACUCUCGGAAUCAGAUUUGAAAAUUUUCCCUAUUGACUCUCCAGGGGAAGAAAAUGCAAAAGAAGAAGAAGAAACAAAAAAUACUUUCUUAAAACUUUCGGAGCAGUCAGCGAAAAAUGAUCUCCUGGUAAAAUUACGCACGAGACUUUUAAUACGCGCCGCACGUCAUCUCAAUUGCAAUAAAAUAUUUACCGCCGAGACAGCAACUUCUCUUUCAAUAUCAAUUUUAUCAAAUAUCACAAUGGGUCGUGGAGCACAUCUUUCAUUGGACGUUGGUUUCGCUGAUACACGCAUUUCGGACAUAAUGAUUUUACGACCAAUGCGCGCCUUUACAAAUUUGGAAAUUGAUUACUAUCAACGUUUUCACAAAAUUCAAAGUCCACUCGAAUUUCCUAAAACUACGAAUCAAAAUUUAAAAUCAAUACAAACGUUAAUUGAUCAAUUUGUCAAUGAAAUGGAUAAGGAAUCACAUUCAACAGUGUCGACCGUAUUGCGAACGGGCGAAAAACUUUGUACAUUAAUUUCUGAUGAGAAAUUUGAAAAAUACUGUAUUUUAUGUAAUUCACCGCUUGAUACAACGAUUAAUGGUGAUAUUUCCGCACUACAAGCGAUUAAUUACUCUGAAUUUGUUUCGACAAACGUUGUUGAACCCCACAGCGAAAAAAUUGAGCCGAAUAGUGAAAAUUUUAUUGGAAAUUGUGAAACAAAUGACGAGAGAAUUGGAAAUUCGGAAAAUAAUUGCAAUUGCAGUAGUGGUAAAAGAAAUUGUGGGGAGAAAAAUGAAAAUAUUUUGGUAAUUUUGAAAAAUAAUCUCUGUUAUGGCUGUCGUUUGAUUGUUGUUAAUUUUAAGGAUGUUAAAGAUAUUCCAUCGUUUAUGUUAAAUAAAGCGAGAAAUUUAAUGUCAUUUGAGAAAAUGCAUGAGGAAAUUGCUGAUUUUUUACUAUGAGAGAUAAAUAAUAAAAGUAGAAUUUCAAAAA